AUGAAGAAGAAAAUGUAGAAGAUGCACAGACACAAAUUAUUAUAUGAGGAUGUUUUGAAAUAAGUGGAGAAGGAGGAUGUGGCGUUUUUUAGCAAGUGCACGAAAUUCAGAGAUUAAGCACCACAUCCAAUCACCUUGGAUAGGGCUCUGCAAUUCCUGUGGUUAAAAGAGCAGGUAAAAGAUGCUUAAUUAAAAGGGUUUCAGAAGAUUGAUAGAAAGAUAGCAUUGCAAUUUGGAUAGAGGAGGGUGUGUAAAAUAGACUCUACUAUGAAACAUGAUGGACCGUCGAGUGCCCGUAUUAUAAAGACAUCCAAGAUUGAUUAGGGGAUGAUCAACGGUUGGCACAAUGGUGCUGGAGAUUCUAAAUUCGACUUGGGUCCACAGUAUAACAUAAAGAAACUGGAGAAAAACGAAGAGGAAAUUGAGUAUGAAGAAUUAAUAAAGUAAGAACAACAGAGUCCAAGCGAAUACAAGAUCAAGCUCAAUCAUCAGGAUCUAUACAAUAAUGAUAUAAGUGAGAAAUAUGCAUUCAGUAACAUGGACACCAAAUAAUUGUUAUAAAAAUUAAAUGAACUAAAAUAAAUCAAUAAGUAAAAGAAUGAGUAGCCUUAAGACUAUGUGGAAGUGGAAGGCUAACGGUUUUACCAUGUCCUAAGUGAUAUAGAGGAUUACCUGGAUAAGAAGGUGGACAAUAAAACAUUGAUACAAGAAAUGAGAGCAUUCUAAACAUUUUACCCAAUCAAAAGAAAAUUGCAAAUCAAAUAAUUAAAUCCUGGAGAUCCUCUGUGUUUAGGAACUGAAUCCUAAACUGAUGGUGCUUAGAAAUCCACUUCCUCUCGAUUAUUUGAUAGAAAGAGAACUUUUACAAAUAUGAAAUGCGAACUAUUCAAUACGAAUAAUUACGUGUUCCAUGUUAGAGAAGUGCCUAAUAUUGGUUAAUAAUUGAGGAGAAAUCACUUCUCCCAAUUGAUAGAAGAGUUGAGAGAAAAUGGAAUGAGAACGCCUAGGGAAAUCCAUGAGGUGUCUCCUGAAAAUUCAAUUAAGGCAUCUCAGAUAGAAUCAAGUGAGAAUGAUACUAAAUAGAUAAGGAAAUUUUAUUUGAAGUUCCCGAAAUAAAAAGGAGAAUCAAGUCAAACGACUUCUAGGACAAAAAGUCAAAGAUUCGGAACUUUGUAGUCUUAAUUAUCCCAUUAGUAUCCUCAAUAACCUUAGAAGGCAUCUAUGAGCAAUUUAUAUGGCAGUAGCACAGAAAUACGAUUGGAGAGUCCUGGGAAGAGUAAGAAUAGAUUAGAUUCCAGAAUCGAUAGGUAUGUAAAAUAGUAUUUAAAGAACUAAAAUACUAUUUAAUAAAAUUAAAAUGUUGAUAUGACAGUAUUAAGGGAGAAAUAUAAAUCUUUGAAAACUGAAAGGGAGAAGGAGAUUACUAGGAUGUAUAAAAGUUAGUAAAUUGAAGGGAUUAAUAAUAAAACUGUUCAUUUAUAGUGA